CAUAAUUGGAGGUCAACUACAAACUGGUGAUCGGGGGCCGAUGAUUCAUAUGUCAUUUAUAGUGUAAGUGAAAAUGGAAUGAUCAGAAAAUGGCAAAACACGAUGGUCUACUCUGCAGUUUGAUGGUUUCUGGUUCUGUGCUUUAGUCAUCCCUAUUUCACUAUAGUAACAUAACAUCAAGGGUUGCCGUCUAAUUUCACAUUAUUUAAAUCAGCUAUGGAUACUGUCGUUGAUCACGAUGAUGAAAAAGCCAAUCAAGACUUCUAUAUCGGGUUAACAUUAGCUAUCAGUUCAAGCAUUUUCAUUGGGUCAAGUUUUAUUUUGAAGAAAAAAGCCCUUAUCAAACUAUCAAAGUAUGCUCAACGAGCAGGUAAGUUGCAUUUCAAUUUAUUAUAUUUUUUAGUGGGUCUUGGUGAAUUUGCCAAUUUUACUGCUUAUGCCUUUGCUCCAGCAUCUUUAGUCACACCACUCGGAGCUCUCAGUGUUCUUGUUGCUGCUGUAAUGUCCUCAUUCUGGCUUGAUGAGUAUCUAAAUCUACUUGGCAAAAUUGGGUGUGCACUCAGCAUAAUUGGUUCUACUGUGAUGAUUAUUCAUGCCCCGCAGGAACAAAAUGUAGAAACACUGGUACAGCUCUCUAUUAUGAUGCAGCAACCAGGUUUUAUUACCUAUUCAUUUAUUGUCUUUGUAGCAUCUAUUGUCCUCAUAUUUUAUUAUGCGCCACAGUACGGUAGCAGAAACGUCCUGAUAUACAUAACAAUCUGCUCUGUGAUUGGAUCGCUGUCUGUGAUGGCAUGCAAAGGCCUAGGUAUAGCAGUCAAGCAACUACUAAAUGGUGAACCUAUACUCAUGCAUCCACUAUUCUGGAUUCUGUUAAUAUCAUUGAUUACAUUUAUUACCACGCAGCUGAACUACCUUAACAAAGCUUUGGACGUUUUCAACACAUCGGUGGUAACGCCAAUAUAUUACGUCUUUUUCACUACCAGUGUCAUUACAGCAUCAGCAAUCCUAUUCAGAGAAUGGCAGCAGAUGAACGGCAAAGACAUAGCGGGUUGUUUUUGUGGUUUUUUGACGAUAAUUGUUGGUAUAUUCCUACUGCAUGCAUUUAAAGAUAUGGACAUUAAUAUCGGAAAUUUACCAGUGACUGUAAGACGACUAGGAAGUACGUCAGCAACACAUAGUAGAUCUAAUUCCAAUUCCAAUGAGAUAUUAUUAAAUGGUUUGGAUAAUGUUAUAAAUAUUACAACUGUCAAACACUCUGAUUCGGCCAUACUGAUUGAAGAUGACAUGAAACGUGAUUACCAUGGUGAACAUGAAGUGUUUUAACGUUCCGAGUUAAUACCCGGUAACGUAAAUCUGUUCUUUGAAUCGAUAAUGUUCAGUUGCAUGCUGGAUAAAGGUUUCCUUCAAAAUGUGGUGUAUAUACAGACCAUCCAACAUAUGUGUAAAUAGAACACCCGACCACUCGUAGGCAGACCACUCAAGUGUUUGAAUUCUAGGACACUGGUAAAUAGGCAGACCACUCAAGUGUUUGAAUUCUAGGACACUGGUAAAUAGGCAGACCACCCAAGUGUUUAAAUUUUAGGACAUUGGUAAAUAGGCAUACCACCCAAGUGUUUGAAUUUUAAGGCACUGGUAAAUAAGCAGACCACCCAAGUAUUAAAAUUUUAGAGCCCUCGUAAAUAGGCAGAGUACACAAGUGUUUAAAUUUUAGAACAUUAGUUAAUAGGCAGACCACUCAAGUGUUUGAAGUUUAAGGCACUGGUAAAUAGGCAGACCACCCAAAAGUUUAAAUUUUAGGACAUUGGUUAAUACCGGUAGGCGGAGCACCCAAGUAUUUAGACACUCGUAAAUAGGCAUACUAGCCAAGUGUUUGAAUUUUAGCACACUAUUGGCAUGAUAGUUUGACAGCUUCUUUUUGAUGAUGAGUUGUCUUAUUUGAAGUGGUUUUAUAUUUACCGGUAUAUUUGACGUGGAUUGCUUUAUAUGGCAAAUCUUUCCUUCAGAAAUAUGUGGUCUUUUGGUAGAUGUGUGGUCAAUUUCAGAAUUGUUUUGGUAUGUUGAGUCGACCACAUGUGUAUCUUGUGUUACCAUGAUAAUCUCACAGCAUCAAUUGUCUCAAUUCAUAUUGUAUAUUUCUAAGUUUCAUGGUAUAUUAAUUGGUAGACAUUUCUUGUGGUAAAAUUUGGUGAUUUUCUCUGAAAAUCUGUUUUUUAUAGAAACAAAUGAACAUUCACAAUAGUUUCAUUACUCUGUUAGGUCACAAUAUUCACUUACCAUAUUGGUCACAAAUAUUACUUUUAAUAUCAUUGUAAAGAUAUUAUUCACAGCUUGAUAGCUUUGUCUUCCCAGGUGCCUUUUACACAUGGUGUCAUGUGAAAUAAACGAGUACAAACAACACAUAUUAUCCAAA